AUGGGUAAGUGCUAGAACUUAGCCACCGUUUCUUUCGGAAGAUUUGGUGGAAGCCAGCGACCUCGUUGUUCCGCACGAUUUAAUGUUUCCGGAUCACAUGAUUCCCUGAAUAUUUGGUGGAUGUUGGCCACGUUGAUCGUUGAUGUUGGUUUUCUCUUAUUUAUGCUACUUUCUGCUGUAGCGAGGAUCAAGGUCCACGAGCUGCGCACGCAGUCAAAGAGCGACCUGCUCAAUCAGCUCAAGGAGCUGAAGACGGAGCUCUCUCUUCUUCGCGUUGCCAAGGUUACUGGAGGCGCCCCCAACAAGUUGUCUAAGAUGUAAUAAUCCCCGUGCCUUGUGCUAUCAUUUUAUGCGGUGCUGCUUCAUUUUUUUCCUCUUGUUGCCACUAAUCCGAUUUUUCUUUGGUCGUUGAUCAGUAAGGUGGUCAGGCUCUCUAUCGCCCGUGUGCUUACUGUUAUCUCGCAAAAGCAGAAAGCUGCGCUUAGGGAGGCAUAUAGCAAGAAGAAGUUCUUGCCCCUGGACUUGAGGCCGAAGAAGACCCGUGCCAUCAGGAAAAGCCUUACCAAGCAUCAGGUACUUUUCUCGCGUUUGGAUGGUCUAAUCUUUUGCCAUACUAUCUAUUUCUUCUCUCCGAACCAUCAUGUUUGUGAUUGGUGUUGAUGCCAAGAGAAACUCUUGCACGUUUAUGUCGGAUUUCGUGGAUUUUACUUACAUUUUUCUCUCUAUAAGCUGUGUAUCUUGCAAAUUGGAGUCAAUUAGCGAUAAAUAUUCACUUUUUCCAAACGAAGGAAGCUUUUUUGUUUUUUUUCGUUGAAAACUAAAUGAUCUCCUGUGCGAUUGAUAUUAUUCAAUCUGGAGCAUUAAAUUCCUCCCAAAACAUGAUUGAUGGGAUGAACGUUAGGCUUUUGCUUUUGGGGGAGAACUAGUCAUCAAUGCUGUCCAAGCGUUCACGUUCAUGUGGGGCUGGACUAGAUCGGUUGUUUUGGUCUGAAUCUGCUGACUUCAAUUGGAUCUUUCACCAUUGGCUCUGCCUAAAUGUUGAAUAGAUCAGUCAAGUUGGUUCUUGUAAAGUAGUUCUCAAGGUUUUGAAACCGACCAAGUCAGCAGUUUACCACCUAAAACCGAGGCAAUGAGGUGGAUUGCUAUCCUUUUCUGCAAAGUACAUAGAAACUAAUUAAAAUUUUGGUAAAGGAGAAUUUGUGAGCUCAUAAUUUUUACAUUAAUGUCAUAACGCUCUUAUAUUCUUAUUAAAAUUACAUAUUAUUAUUAAUUAAUUGAAAUCAAUGAUAUUUGUUGGCGUAUUCAAGACAAGAACCAUGAUAAUAACUCUAUUUGUAUAUUAGCUCGUAGCCUAUGGUCGUUCAUGCCAUGGAUAGUACUCCUAUGCUGGCUUGUUGCUUUAAUCUUCCACCCUAUCAAUGAUGGGUGAGAGUCUGAAGAUAUUCUUAUGGGCCAAACUUGAUUCUCCUCCCGGUAUGGUUCCCGUGUAUAGUGUUUUUCUUUAUUGACAUUAAUGCAAGAGAGAAUAGUGAAUGUUGGCAAAGGGCCUCAGAGAAGGUUUUGCGGCAGUUGUGAUGCUUAGUUUUCUUGCUUGUGUUAGGCAGCUAGAGAAGAUGGUGCGGCAGUCAAAGAAAUAAAGAAUAUCGCUUUAUUAAUUAUGGCUGACUGAAUAAAGUGCGCAGAUAGGCAUCAAUUCAAGAAAUAAUAUUUAUUUAUUUUCUUCCACUUUUCUUCCUUUAAUGUUCUAUGUUUUUGGCAGACGAUUAUGUUUGACUUUUAUAAUAGGCUAUCUAUAUCUAGAUUGAAUGGAUGUGGAUUUUUUUUCCCAUUUUUAGGGCGGAGGGGUGGUCUGAAUAUUCUUUUUAUCUUUCCAGUUUUAAAUAUAUAUAUAUAUUCCCGUAAUCUAUAUUUUUCCAUCGAGGUGCUCUUUUUUAAAGUAUCAAAACGGAUGGAUUAUGGUCAUCUGCAAUAAUUUUGAGGAAAAAAUUCAAUGAUUUCAGAUCUGUUGAAGGUCUGAGAUGUUGAGGCUUCUUUCAUCUUAAUUUUCAGGCAUCAUUGAAGACCGAGAGGGAGAAAAAGAAGGAGAGGUAUUUCCCCAAGAGGAAAUAUGCAAUCAAGGCCUGA